CUCAGCGAGGAAGAGGGGGAAAGAGAGCUGAGAGACAGGGAGUGCAAAGAAGGGCAGCUUUGCACCAUGGAGCUAAUAGUGUUUCUCAAUGCAGUCAUUACGAGACUCCUCUUCAUGCUGCACUCUUUGGUGGGGGUUUGGAGAGUCACGGUCAUUAAGAAGGACAGCAUGUAUUGGCUUUUGGCUCUCGUCAACCUCCUUUUGUGCCUUGAGAUGGUGCUGACGUUGAAAUUUAAGAAGGGCAGAGGUUUGAAAUGGUUUUCACCUCCAAUAUUCUGCUACCUGAUAAGUAUUGUUCCAUCUCUUUGGCUUCUGGAAAUAAACUACGAUUCCGAGCCUUGUAGUAAAAAUAAAUCAUUGGAGAAUCUCCCAAUACUACAGUAUAACUUUACUUUGGCCGGAGACACGGACACUGUUGUUAGAAAGGCCGUGGCCAUAAUCAGUGCCAUUUGUGAAACCGUUUGGACCCUUGGCCUCCACCAAACAUUCCUGCUGCUUCUGAUAAUUGGUAAAUGGCUCCUUCCCAUUGGGGCAGGGACGACACGGGAUCAGCUUUCUCAGCUGCUUCUCAUGUUUGUGGGCACUGCCGCUGAUAUCUUGGAAUUCACCAGCGAGACUCUAGAACAAGACAAUGUAAGAAAUAAUGUGAUCCUGGUUUAUUCUAUCCUUGCUGUCUGGACAUGGAGUAUGCUGCAGUUCCCUCUGGACCUUGCGGUGCAGAACAUUGCGUGCCAACCAGCUACAUUAACGAAGAACCCACUGAACAUGCUGGUCUGUAGAUAUAGCGCCGACCUGUGGAAUAUAGGAAUAAGCCUGCUGAUACAGGACGGCCCUUUCCUCGUCUCCAGAUUGAUACUCAUGGCCUACUUCAAUGUCAUAAACCAGAUGUUGGUGUUUUUCACGGCUAAGAAUAUUUUGGUAGUGAUGUUGCAGCUUUAUCGACUCGUAGUCCUGGUGAUCGACUUCCGCUCGUCCAUGGAAAUGCAGAUAGACAAGAAGAAAGGAGGGGAAACCUACUGUCCAUGUUCAUCAACUGACGAAGAGGGGAAUAGACCCGUGAGCGGAGCUGAUGUAGAAACAAAGAGUUUGGAAAGCAGCACUGUUAUCGCUCUGGAGGAUUCUGAAGGUGGAAGUCUAUGAAGCCUACGUUGGGUGCCACGUUCACAAUCUGACUAUGUCUGAAUACCAAAGGGAUGAUAGAUUUGUGUUCAGGGAUGGACCAGAGUAUCAGAGGCUCUCAAGGUGGGCCCAAGCAGUAAUGGACUCUGGCAAAGGACUAUUCCCUUCAGGCCUUUAGAACUUCUUAACACCUAUACGAUUUAACACUAGCCAUAUCUAAUUGUGAGAGCCGUCCCAAGAUGUUUGCUUGUCUGGUGGACCCGAGGUGACCCUCUCUGGCAAGGAUGUCCAACCUGGGGUUCUACAGGUGUUGGUUGGGCAUCCCUGAAUGACAUACACAUAUAUUUUUUACAUAGACUGGGGCAGCUAUAUGCAUCAUUUCGACCCUGAGCAGCAAGAGGCAUUUAUGUUACAGUGGGUCAACAGUGUGCCCAACGCAAGACCAAAAAGUUGUGGAUCCCCUUAUUUUUGAUUUAUACAACUGACAUAAUUAGCUGUUAUUGUUAGAUUUAAAAGUCACAAAUACAUAAAAAACAAAGUACUGUAUAAAUAUAAAAAUAAUAAAAUCUUGUUUUUAAA